CGAUUUCGACGUGGCUAGUUGUUAGCAAACUAAUUUGAAAUUCAACCGUAAUAAUCUUAAUCUAAGCCGUAAGCAUUGUUUUAGGUGGUUAAACUUACAAAUAUACACGUUCAAAAAAAUUUAGACCAUGGGAAGUACAAAAAAAAGUUAGGGAACGUUACAAGAAAGUUAACCGAGGAAUACACCUGAAGAGUUUAAGAAUUGAAUUUGUAAAGAAAUAGGAACAUUCAUCAAUCUCAAGUUUAGCAAUAUUUCAAUCGAUAAUCGAAGAUAAUGGAUAAUAGCAUCAAAAUAUAUGUAUGCCAUCAUUGCGGUAAGCAAUUUACCAUUCCAAUAGCUCUGAAACGACAUAAUAAAGAAAUACAUAAUGAAGAUAAAUCAUACAAAUGCGGAACAUGUGAUAAAACAUUUAAGCGUGAAUAUGAAAUGAGUCGUCAUGAAAUGACUCAUAUAGAGGGAAAACUUUAUCAAUACGAGUUUUAUGAACAGUAUACUGCAAAUAAGAAUCUAAAAACCCAUGUAAAGGUUUAUUAUACCAUUGAUAAAAAUUACAAGUAUAACGUGCGUGAGAAAAUUUUCAAAAUUAAAACAAAUUUGAAUUAUCAUGUAGAAACAAAACACAAUCAUAAAUAUGAUCAAUGUCCAUCUACAUUUACUCAUCGUGAGAACUUAAAACAGCAUAUGAAAAUACAUACAGGCGAAAAUCUAUAUCUUUGUGAGGAAUGCGGCAAAAGAUGUAUUAGUAAAAGUCGCCUAAACGAUCACAGGCUUGUACAUAGCAAUAAAAAGCCGCAUGAUUGUGGGGUGUGUGGCAAGGCCUACAAACGAAAACGAGAUCUUAAUCAACACAUUCUAACUGAGGGUCACUAAAGUCUUAACCUGUACAACAAUCAAAGAACAAAUUGCAACUAACAACGAAACAGGUAAAGAACAAUUGUAACUACUAAUAAUAUUGUCAAAUAAUGACUAAUAAUAAUGAAAAACUAGCGAAAAUGGAAAUUAAAUAGCUGUGUCAA